AUGUGCAAAACGAAGAAAAGCACAGACGUGAUCGAACCCCAGAUGAACGCGCAUUCCAAAUCUCGCAAAUCCUUCAAGUCUUCCGCCUCUUCGAUCCCACCAGACCCCACCUCCAACAAUUUCUCCUGCAACACCAACUUCAACACCACUGGUUCCAGCUACAAUAACUACUGGUCCAAGUCUUCCGCCUCAAGCCGAGCCUCUCUCUCGAGCCUCAAGGACUCUCUCCCGGAGAACCCUCACGUCUACCAGUUCUCCGAAAUCCGCGCCGCGACCAACAGCUUUCUCGCCAAGCGAUUCUCCUCAUCUUCCUCGUCAGCCUCGUGGCGUUGCUCUCUUCGCGACAAGGACGCCAUCGUCUUCCAGCGCAAGCUCCGCCGUCCUAUCGAAUUACUUGAGCUACGAGACCGUGUCUUGACGAUCGGUCGGAGUCACCACAGCAGCAUAAUCAGGCUCCUUGGCGCGUCUUUGUCCGGGAAUUACGUUUACCUCGUGUACGAAUUCGUUGAAGGUGCGAACCUCGCUGGUUGUCUCCGGAAUCCUAAGAACCCUAAUUUCACGGUCCUCUCCUCCUGGCUCUCGCGCAUGCAGGUCGCCACGGACCUUGCGCACGGCCUCGAUUACAUCCACCAUUGCACCGGGCUGAACUCCAGCUUCGUUCACAACCACAUCAAGAGCUCCAGCAUUAUCGUAACCGAAGAGUCUCUGAACGCGAAGAUCUGCCACUUCGGCACCGCGGAUUUGUGCGGAGAAAUCACCGAAAACAAUAACUCAGAUUCUGCGAAAUCGAAGAAGUCGGAUAGUCGGGAAAUUAAGUUUGAGGGGACGAGAGGGUACAUGGCUCCGGAGUUUCAGUCAACGGGAAUUGCGACCCAGAAGAGCGAUGUGUACGCGUUUGGAGUGGUGGUGUUGGAGCUGUUGUCCGGAGAGGAGGCCCUCAAGUAUAGGUUUGAGGACGAGGGCUCUCGUGUCAAUGGCGAUGGGGGUGUUUAUAGGAGGGUGAGCGUGAUCGACACGGCGAGAGAGGCGGUGGCCGGAGGUGGUGGUGGGGAGGUGAGGAGGUGGGUGGAUAGGAGGUUGAGGGACUCGUACCCGGUGGAGGCGGCGGAGAAGAUGGUGCGGCUGGCGUUGGAGUGCGUAGAGGAGGAUCCGGACAAGAGGCCCGAUAUGGGUCGGGUUGCGGUUACGGUAUCCAAAUUCUAUAUGGAGUCUCAGCAGUGGGCGAAGCGGAUAGGCCUGCCCACGGAAUUCUCGGUUUCGAUGGCCCCCCGAUGACGUUUUGCCACUGUAUUCCAAUUUUGCCCCCACCUCCUUUCUUGUGUAAGUUUUUUUUUUUUUUUUUU